AUGGGCAACAACCGCAUUGCCCCGUGGUACUUUUCCCCCUACCCAGAGUGCUUUACUACCGUCGAUAUUAUGUACAUUUGUGAAACUUGUCUCAAGUUCAGUCGCAGCGAGACCACGUAUCGACGUCACAAGGCAAAGUGCAAACUGCGUCACCCGCCUGGUACUGAAAUCUACCGUAAGGACGGGAUUCAAUUCUUUGAGCUCGAUGGCCGCAAACAACGCGACUACUGUCAGAACCUCUGCCUCCUAUCCAAGCUCUUUCUUGAUCAUAAGACGCUGCAAUACGACACAGACCCCUUUCUGUUCUACGUCAUGUGCAGUCUGGAUGAGCGGGGCAGUCACAUCGUGGGGUACUUCUCCAAGGAGAAGGAAUCAGAACAAGAAUACAACGUCGCCUGCAUCCUGACCCUGCCCCAAUAUCAGCGCAUGGGCUACGGCACCAUCCUCAUUGAAUUUAGUUAUGCGCUGUCACAGGAGGAGCACAAGACUGGUUCGCCUGAGAAGCCACUCUCUGAUCUAGGUCUUUUGAGUUACCGCAAAUACUGGUCUCAGGCCAUCGUCGAAGUGCUGCGAGAUGUCAAGGAGGACAUUUCCAUUAAUGACAUUGCUGAUCGCACCAGCAUCAAAGUGGAGGACAUUAUUUCCACGCUCCAGCAUUUGAGCAUGAUCAAGUACUACAAGGUAAACCUCCAAGGCUACUUGGACAGACGUCUCUCGUUGGAGCAUGACAAGGCCAUGAAAAAGCGUCGCAUUCGCAUCGAUCCCAAGUUCUUAAAGUGGACCCCGACUGACUGGACUUCGGGCUGGUAG